UAUAGAAUAUCAAGGGACAUGAGAAAUGGCACAGCAAUCACAGCGUUCAUUCUCCUAGGCUUUCCUGGGAUCCAAGGACUACAAAUCCCUCUCUUUAUAAUGAUCUUUCUCAUAUACAUAUUAACCCUGGCAGGCAACGGGCUCAUUAUUGGCAUUGUCUGUGCUGAACCCAAGCUACAAAUCCCAAUGUAUUUCUUCCUUUGCAAUUUGUCCUUCCUUGAGAUCUGGUACACCACCACCAUCAUCCCCAAGCUGCUAGAAACCUUUGUGGUGGCAAGAACAAUCAUUUGCAUUCCCUGCUGCCUGCUGCAGGCCUUCUUCCACUUCUUCCUGGGCACCACUGAGUUCCUCAUUCUCACUGUUAUGUCUUUCGACCGCUACAUGGCCAUCUGCAAGCCCCUUCAUUACCCCACCAUCAUGACCAGUAACCUCUGCCUGAAGCUAGCCCUCAGCUCCUGGGUGGCAGGUUUCACCACUGUUUUUUGUCAGAUGCUACUGCUCAUCCAGCUGCCCUUCUGUGGCAAUAACAUCAUCAAUCAUUUCUACUGUGAUGUUGGUCCCAUCUUGAAAGCAGCCUGUACUGAUACCACCCUUUUGGAGCUACUGGGUCUUCUGGCAACCAUCUUGGUGAUCCCAGGGUCACUCCUUUUUACAGUAAUUUCUUACAUCUACAUCCUGUCCACCAUCCUACAGAUUCCUUCAGCCGCUGGCCGCCAGAAGGCUUUCUCUACCUGUGCCUCUCACCUGACUGUUGUCUCCCUGCUCUAUGGAGCUGUCCUGUUCAUGUACCUGAGACCAACAACACAUUCCUCUUUUAAGAUUAAUAAGGUGGUAUCUGUGCUAAAUACUAUCCUCACACCUCUUUUGAAUCCCUUUAUUUAUACCAUAAGAAACAAAGAGGUGAAAGGAGCCCUAAGGAAGGCAAUGGCUUAUCCAAAGGCUUGUCAUCAAAAGAAAAAUGUACAACAUAGCCCAAAGUUUUAA